UAUUAUUUUAUCUAUUAUUAGUUUUUAAAUUAGUGGAAUUCUUGAAUUGAUUACUAGUUGUGCCCACAAAAAAUCCACAAAAAUGCGUAGCAGAAGUAAUUCGGGCGUCCGCCUGGAUUACUACCAACGUUUGGUGCACAAAAUCAUCAUGACCCAUCAGAACCCCGUUACCGGGUUGUUUCCCUGCAGCCCCGAGAACACCCACGCCUGGAUAAGAGACAACGUGUACUGCAUCCUUGCCGUUUGGGGUCUGUCUAUGGCAUAUAAAAAAAUGGCUGAUCAGGAUGAGGAUAGAGCCAAGUGUUAUGAGCUCGAGCAGUGCUGUGUUAAACUGAUGAGGGGGUUAUUGAUGGCCAUGAUGCAACAGAAAGAUAAGGUGGAGAGGUUCAAGCAAACACAAAACCCACUGGACUCCUUACAUGCUAAAUACUCAUCAGAAACUGGUCAGAUUGUUGUUGGAGACACUGAAUGGGGCCACUUGCAAAUUGAUGCUGUUUCAUUGUACCUCCUUAUCUUAGCACAGAUGACUGCCUCUGGAUUACAAAUUGUUUUCAAUUUGGAUGAAGUCGCGUUUGUUCAAAAUUUGGUGUUUUACAUUGAAUGUGCAUAUUGCACUCCAGAUUAUGGUAUUUGGGAAAGAGGUGAUAAAACUAAUCAUGGUUUGCCUGAAUUGAAUGCCAGUAGUAUUGGUAUGGCCAAAGCAGCUUUGGAAGCCAUGAAUGAACUAGAUUUGUUUGGGGCAAGGGGUGGUCCUUACAGCAUCAUACAUGUUUUAGCUGAUGAAGCCCAGAAAUGCCAAGCUGUUCUGCAGUCAAUGCUACCAAGAGAAUCAAACUCCAAAGAAAUAGACAGUGGCAUCUUGUCAGUGAUCAGCUUUCCAGCUUUCGCAGUCGACGAUCCAGACCUGAUCCAAUUCACCAGGGACUCGAUCAUCGACAAAUUGCAAGGUAGAUUCGGCUGCAAAAGAUUCCUACGUGACGGCUACAAAACUCCCAAGGAAGAUCCGAGACGAUUGUACUACGAACCGUGGGAGCUGCGCAUGUUCGAGAACAUCGAAUGUGAAUGGCCAUUGUUUUUCUGCUAUCUGAUUUUGGAUAAUGUGUUUCAAGGAAAUAAAGAAAGCGCCAGCGAAUACACCAGACUAUUGGAAGAUAUUAUGGUGAGGACUGAUGACGGUUUGAGAUUGAUACCAGAGCUGUAUUCAGUACCGGCCGAAUUCGUACCCGCGGAAUACAAAGAGCCAGGCACUCAGGAUCGCAUUGCUUUAGGUCAAUGUCCGUUCAUGUGGGCGCAAUCUUUAUACAUCAUUGGAAAAUUACUUCAGGAGGGAUUUUUAGCUCCUGGGGAGUUGGAUCCAUUAAACAGGAGGUUGUGUGCGGAAAAGAAACCUGAUGUGGUUGUGCAGGUUGUAAUUUUAGCGGAAGACAACGAAAUUAAAUCUAAAUUGGCUGAGCAUGAUAUUAUUGUUCAAACCAUAGCAGAAGUGGCCCCCAUAGAAGUACAACCUGCUCGCGUUCUUUCACACCUAUACACUUAUUUAGGAAGAAAUAAAAAACUAGGUUUAAGUGGACGCAAAUCUAGAGAUGUAGGCAUAUUAAGUACUAGUAAAUUAUACUCUUUGGGUGAUAAAAUAUUUGCUUUUACUCCUCAGAACUUCGACAUGGAUGAGUACUACACCAGCCACGACAUCGCGUUGCUGGCCGACAAGGUCAUCAUGCAACUGGCCUUUCUAACAAUGAACUGGCGCCACAUGCUCGGCCGACCGACCAUUACGCUUGUCGCUUCCAAAAAUCAAUUAGAAAAUGGAAAAUUGCCAUUAGCUAUGAUAACGACAAUGAAGAAAUUGAAAUCCGGUUACAUAAACGGCACCAGGGUUACGCUAGGAAAUUUGAACGAUUUUCUUAGUACCAGCUGUAUUGCAAAUCUCAGCUUCCUGGGAUGCCAUGAAGAUGGCCAACCCGACAAAUUAAAUCCACAUGUUCAUCAGUACCUGGAGGAACAUCUGAUGAAAUCCUUAUCUAACAAACCAUCAUUGUUAAUGCCUUCAGGAGCGAGACCGAGAAAUAGGAACUUACGGAGGCGAAUGUCCGUCAGAGGAGCUGUCAGAAAGACCAGAUCAAUUAACGUAGAUUAUGAUAUUUUCAUGCAUCCCAUACUGUUGAAGAGAGCUGAAACCCUCGGUAUGGAAAGUAGCGCGAGUUUGGAACGUAGAGGUUCAAUGUUCUUCGCCCCGGCAGUUUGGCACGAUUCCGUCGACUCUCCCACCGAAUUUGUCCGUUCCCCGUCCCCCGAAGACGCCAAGAAAAAAGACAAACCCACCCUCGCUGCACCUGAGAAACCUAAACUACCCACUAUUAGCGUUUCAAGGCACAAAAACAAUCCAGAAACUCAAUACGCCGACACAGAGGUCGAGGAACUCUUCGCUAUGUUGAGGGAGACAGAACACUUAGACGAACAGGGCGAUAUCUUGCAGUACUUGGUUGAUUCCAAGGGGUUGGAUUUUAACACUGGCAUGUUGGAGUACGGGAAAGUGGUGACGGUCCGGGAUUUGCUCAAGGGAUUGUACGAGAAGGCCUGUCAACAGAAGAUGUGGGGUUUAGUCAGGCAUACAGCAGGAAUGUUGGGUAAACGAGUGGAGGACCUCGCUAAAUCCGUGACCGAUCUCCUCGUUCGUCAAAAGCAAAUCACGGUAGGCAUGCCGCCAAACAACGAACACACAAUCACCGCCCCAUUGCCCGAAAGCGAUUUGCGCAUGCUCAUUCAUGAGGCGUAUGGCGAAGACGACAGUACCGCAAUGCUGACUCAAGAAUUGUUGGUUUAUUUGGCCAUGUUUAUUAGAACAGAACCACAAUUAUUUUUGGAGAUGUUGAGACUUAGAGUUGGUUUGAUCAUCCAAGUUAUGGCGACUGAGUUGUCGAGAACUUUAAUUUGUGACGGCGAUGAAGCUUCAGAGCAUCUACUAAAUUUGAGUCCAUAUGAAAUGAAAAAUUUGCUGCAUCAUAUUAUCAGUGGCAAGGAGUUUGCUAUCAGUAGCGUCGGCCGGGGCAACUUUUCCAUUGUUAGUAAUAAGUCCAGCAGAAUUAGUAAGAAGAGUCAUAUAAGUUUGGGAGAUACUUCAGCUGAUGAUUUGCACGAACCAGAUCGUCAAGGGCAGUGGUUGAGGAGAAGAAGACUGGAUGGUGCAUUAAAUAGAGUACCUAGAGAUUUUUACCCUAGAGUUUGGGGUGUUUUAGAAAGAUGUCAAGGCAUUUCAAUAGCAGGUAAAAUUUUACCUCAAACUUUAACUCAAGAAAUGACACCUGGGGAGUUGAAAUUCGCCUUGGCCGUCGAAACUGUACUAAAUACAAUUCCUCAACCCGAAUAUAGACAAUUAAUAGUCGAAGCACUCAUGGUACUUACACUUGUGAGUGAAUACAACGUUUCACCGACCUUGGGUGGAAUUAUUGAAGUUGAAUUUUUAGUUCAUGUCGCCAACGAAUUAUUUUUAGAAAACCAGAUGAAAAAUGAAGGAGAUGCAACACUUUGCUGUGCCAAGCCGGAUGAUUUCCGUGACAGUAACGGUUUACUAUGUGGAGGUGCUGCCAACAUUUGUCAGCACUUUUAUGAUAGCGCUCCGAGUGGCGCAUACGGAACAAUGACAUACAUGACCAGGGCAGUGGCUUCUACGUUGGAUUGUGUGCCGAAACAUGGUGAAUUAGACUGUACCAUUAGUUAAAUUAAAAGUGUUUAUAAUAUA